GAUGGUGACCGCAAGGGUCGGACCGCUGCCGCCGCCGCCGCCUCCACCGCCCAAGACGCAGCAACCAAGGCCCAGAGCAGAAGAGCCGCCGCUGUGAGCGAGCCGCGCAGUCCCGGCCCCCGUCGCCGCCACCCGAGAACAGGAGGGCGGGCGAGAGAGCCGGUUGCUGCAGAGCCCGUCUGCCGGCCCGCGGGGAGGGAGGCUGCAGCCCGAGUCUGCAGUAAACAGAAAACUAGUUGGAGAGGAGAGGACUUUGUGGUUUUUUGUUUUUUAAAAUACGGAGUAUGCAUUUCUGAGUCUGGAAUCCUGUCCAAAAGGAUGAGCUGUCCGUGCUGCAGUCGUGACCCGGGCUGAGCGCCCAAUGGCAGAGGUCUGUUCCACGAAAAAACAAAAACAAAGCAAAAAAAUGGCUGCAAAGGAAAAACUGGAGGCGGUGUUAAAUGUGGCCCUGAGGGUGCCCAGCAUCAUGCUGUUGGACGUCCUGUACAGAUGGGAUGUCAGCUCGUUUUUCCAGCAGAUUCAAAGAAGUAGCCUCAAUAACAACCCUCUUUUCCAGUAUAAGUAUUUGGCCCUUAAUAUGCAUUAUGUAGGUUAUAUCUUAAGUGUUGUGUUACUCACCUUGCCCAGGCAGCAUCUGGUUCAGCUUUAUUUAUAUUUUUUGACUGCCUUGCUUCUCUAUGCUGGACAUCAAAUCUCCAGGGACUAUGUUAGGAGUGAACUGGAGUCUGCCUAUGAAGGACCAAUGUAUUUGGAACCUCUUUCCAUGAAUCGGUUUACCACAGCCUUAAUAGGUCAGUUGGUGGUAUGUACUUUAUGCUCGUGUGUCAUGAAAACCAAGCAGAUUUGGCUUUUUUCAGCUCACAUGCUUCCUCUGCUAGCACGACUCUGCCUUGUUCCUCUGGAAACUAUCGUUAUCAUCAACAAAUUUGCCAUGAUUUUUACUGGAUUGGAAGUUCUCUAUUUUCUUGGUUCUAAUCUUUUAGUACCUUAUAACCUUGCUAAGUCUGCAUACAGAGAAUUGGUUCAGGUAGUGGAGGUAUAUGGCCUUCUAGCCUUGGGAAUGUCCUUGUGGAAUCAACUGGUAGUCCCUGUACUAUUCAUGGUUUUCUGGCUCGUCUUAUUUGCUCUUCAGAUUUACUCCUAUUUCAGCACUCGAGAUCAGCCAGCAUCACGUGAGAGGCUUCUGUUCCUUUUUCUCACAAGCAUUGCUGAAUGCUGCAGCACUCCUUACUCUCUUUUGGGUUUGGUCUUCACGGUUUCUUUUGUUGCCUUGGGUGUCCUGACACUGUGCAAGUUUUACUUGCAGGGUUAUAGAGCUUUCAUGAAUGAUCCUGCCAUGAAUAGGGGCAUGACAGAAGGAGUAACGCUGUUAAUACUGGCAGUACAGACUGGGCUGAUAGAACUGCAGGUGGUUCACCGGGCCUUCCUGCUCAGUAUUAUCCUUUUCAUUGUUGUAGCCUCAAUCCUCCAGUCCAUGUUAGAGAUUGCAGAUCCUAUUGUCUUGGCGCUGGGAGCAUCUAGAGAUAAGAGUUUAUGGAAACACUUCCGUGCUGUAAGCCUUUGUUUAUUUUUACUGGUAUUUCCUGCUUAUAUGGCUUACAUGAUUUGCCAGUUUUUCCACAUGGAUUUUUGGCUUCUUAUCAUCAUUUCCAGUAGCAUUCUCACCUCUCUCCAGGUUCUGGGAACACUUUUUAUUUAUGUCUUAUUUAUGGUUGAGGAAUUCAGAAAAGAGCCAGUGGAAAACAUGGAUGAUGUCAUCUACUAUGUGAAUGGCACCUACCGCUUGCUGGAGUUCCUUGUGGCCCUCUGCGUGGUGGCCUACGGCGUCUCGGAGACCAUUUUUGGAGAAUGGACUGUGAUGGGCUCAAUGAUCAUCUUCAUCCAUUCCUACUACAACGUGUGGCUCCGGGCCCAGCUGGGGUGGAAGAGCUUUCUUCUCCGCAGGGAUGCUGUGAAUAAGAUUAAAUCAUUGCCCAUUGCUACAAAAGAGCAGCUGGAGAAACACAAUGACAUCUGUGCCAUCUGUUAUCAGGACAUGAAAUCAGCUGUGAUCACGCCGUGCAGUCAUUUCUUCCACGCAGGCUGUCUUAAGAAAUGGCUGUAUGUGCAGGAGACCUGCCCUCUGUGCCACUGCCACCUCAAAAACUCCUCUCAGCUUACAGGAUUAGGGUCAGACCCGGCCUCACCACCUCAUGCUGGAGCUGAGCAAAACAUCAUGCUUCAGGAAGGUACUGAACCCCCAGACCGUGAGCAUCCUCCAGGGACUGGGAUGCGGGAAGGGUCCACGGACAGUACUGAGCACAUUGCCAGAAGACCAGACACCCAGGAAGGGGCCACCAGUUCCAGAGAGUACCCUCAGAGUACGAAAGCCGAAGCACAUCCAGUUGAAUCCGCCUAGAGAAGCGGGAGUGGCACUUUGGUGUUCCGGAGAAGCGGGCUGAAGAUGGAAUUCAUGCUCAUAUCUGAGGAGUGAGUGUGUGUGGGAUGAAUAGGUAGGAAACUGACAUUCCAGUGAUCGAUUCUAGGAAGCACUCACAGUGGAAACCACCUGCCUUCAUCCCUUGAUGUAGGAGAGAUGUUGCAAUGUAUGCUAAUCAAAAUGUAUUUAUAUCUUCUAUGCUGAUGUUUUCUAGAGGUUUGCCAAGAAAAUUCAACCUCAGCAACUUCAGGAAUGGCCUCUGAAUCAUGAGGCAUAAGUAAAAUCAGAUUUAAAUGUUUGAAAGGAGCGAAGGAAAA